CAGCCACGCACUUUACUUAAUUAGAAAGCAAUAGAAAUUCAAUCUUUAAACAACAGUCUGGUGCCACUUUCGUCUUCGAAACUGUUUUCUUUGUUUUCAGAGUACUUUUUGGCUGUCAAAGAUAAAAAUUUUCGUCUUUGUAGCAAAUCCUCUUCGUUGUCUUGCUUUUGUUUCUGGGAUUUCUUUGAAACUGUUUCUUAUAAAUCAGGAAAAGCUGUGCUUUUGUUGUUUAUGCAACCAAAAUCCAAUCCUUUUACCUUCACAUAUUUCCAUUUUGUUUCUGGGUUUCCUUUCAAAAACGUAUUUUUUCAAAAAUAAGAAUCAUCUUUUUCCACAAAAUCUGUUUCUGUUUCCAUCAGGUACCAGUUAAACUGCUUUCUUUGUUUUGUGGAAGUUUGAUUUUUUUUCUAUUUUUGGAGAAAAGAUGGUCGAUGUGUUGGCCAAAGCAAAUCUGCUUUCGUACAGUUAUCCAAAUCAACACAGUAAUGGCCUCUCUUUGUUCCCAAAAAGUUUUACUAGGUCUUGUUUUAUGAGGGGGUUUUCGGUGAAAUCGAGAUCACAAGCUUUUAGACUCUCGUCGUCUUUGAGCAGUGAUUUUAAUGGAAAGAGAGUUGUUUUGAGAGAAUAUAAGGGCUUGCCGGGAAGAGGAAAUUCACCAAAAGGCUCCAUUAAAGCACAGCAGAUCGGCCUUAUAGGAAAAUCCCAAAAGUGGUGGGAAAAGGGGCUGCAACCAAACAUGAAAGAGGUGACCUCUGCACAAGAUCUUGUAGACUCCCUUCUGAAUGCAGGGGACAAACUUGUUGUUGUUGAUUUCUUCUCUCCUGGUUGUGGUGGCUGCAAAGCUCUCCAUCCAAAGAUAUGUCAAUUGGCAGAGAUGCAUCCAGAUGUGCAGUUUCUUCAGGUGAAUUAUGAGGAGCACAAAUCCAUGUGUUAUAGUCUUAAUGUUCAUGUGCUUCCAUUUUUCCGGUUUUAUAGAGGAGCUCACGGUCGACUCUGCAGCUUUAGCUGCACUAAUGCCACGAUCAAGAAAUUUAAAGAUGCCUUGGCCAAGCAUGCUACAGAUCGUUGCAGCCUUGAACCAACAAAAGGGCUGGAGGAGAAAGAACUCAUUGCAUUGGCUGCUAAUAAAGAUCUCUCCUUCAACUUCACACCAAAACCACAACCAACCCCUGUCCCUGCUGAAGAAGAAUUACCGGUACUAGUUACACCUCAUACAUUCUCAGAUCUGCCCUUGCCUCUUCCUUCAACAAACUUAAAAUCUACUCAAGACAGUAAAGAGAAACCCCUAGUUGUUUCUGGGAGAUGAUGUGGUUAGUCUUCGCAAACCCCAACUUCUUCCAUUACCCUUGUAAAGUUCCAUUUUGUGCUAUUUCUUUCAUGUGAUUUAUCUCAUGCCAGAAGUGCAAAAACAAGUAGAGGUUAAAUCCAUACUGUAUGUGUCCCAAAGGAAUUGUGGGCUCUUGGAUUUAUUUUUGUGGAUCCUUGCCUGCUUCAGGAGUGUUUGAAGAGCAAAUCUCUUUCUGAUUGUUGGUUUGCUCUUGUUUGAGGCUAGCCCUAGUGGUUGUAAAUAUUUUUUAGUUUCCUAUUUGAGUGAUUAAAAGAUCCUGUAGAAUCUCUUAAAAGCUAUAUAUAUAGCUUGAGUACCUGUAUAAGUAUGCAGUAAGUGGUAGAAGUAUGAUUCUGCUUUUA